AUGCCGUCGGUGCCGCUGAAAGUGGCGGUGGUGUGCUCCAGCAACCAGAACAGAAGCAUGGAGGCACACAACAUCCUCAACAAGCGGGGAUUCAGCGUCCGGUCUUUUGGAACAGGGACCCAUGUGAAGCUCCCGGGGCCAGCGCCUGACAAACCAAAUGUUUACGAUUUCAAGACCACGUAUGACCAGAUGUACAAUGACCUCCUUCGGAAAGACAAAGAUCUCUACACACAGAACGGCAUAUUACAUAUGCUAGACAGAAACAGGAGGAUCAAGCCUCACCCAGAAAGGUUCCAGAGCUGCAGAGAUGUAUUUGAUCUGAUUGUUACCUGUGAAGAGAGAGUGUACGAUCAGGUGGUGGAAGAUCUGACUUUCAGAGAGCAGGAGACCUGCCAGCCAGUGCAUGUGAUCAACGUUGACAUCCAAGACAACCUUGAAGAGGCCACUCUGGGAGCGUUCCUCAUCUGUGAGCUAUGCCAGUGCAUCCAGCACACCGAGGAUAUGGAGAAUGAUAUCGAUGAACUGCUACAGGAGUUCGAGGAAAAGAGCGGCAGAGCCUUUCUGCACACUGUCUGCUUCUACUGA